AUGAAGGUCUGGAUCGGAGUCUAUCUCGAUGGUAACCAAACUACGAACGACCGCCAAAUAUCCAAGAUGUACGACCUUCUCGACAAUUAUCCUCACGAUAGUUUUGCUGGCAUCAUCGUUGGCAACGAAGUGUUGUACGCAAAAUACCUCACCGCCACUGAGCUGGGUACUCAGCUCGAGUCUGUCAGGGACAAUCUCACAUCGAAGGGCAUCAGCUUGCCCGUCGCGACGGCGGAUCUCGGAGACAACUGGGAUGCGACGCUCGCGGCGCAGAGUGAUAUAGUCAUGGCCAAUAUCCAUCCGUUCUUUGCUGGAACAGUGGCGGAGGACUCAGCAAGCUGGGCCUACACGUUCUGGACCGGCAAAGACGUGCCCCUCAAGACCCAGAAGACGGGCUCGGUGGGAAGCAUCACCUAUCCUACUCAGAUCAUCGCCGAGAUUGGCUGGCCAUCGCAGGGCGGGAAUGACUGUGGAGACGCGACUUCGCCCACCUAUGGUUGCACGAGCGACACUGACGGAGCAGUGGCCAGCAUUGAUAACUUGAAUACGUUCAUGGACGGAUGGGUUUGCGGUGCGCUUGCGAAUGGCACGACGUUCUUCUGGUUCGAAGCCUUUGACGAGCCGUGGAAACAUCAGUUCGACAGUUCCAGUAACGGCUGGGAGCCGUUCUGGGGCAUCUUCGACAAAGAUCGCAACUUCAAGAAAGGAUUGACCAUUCCGGACUGCGGAGGCAAGACGGUGGACAGGCCAUAUUGA